UCGUCACAGCGUUGUGCCGGUGGUGGGAUACACGCGCUGUACGCCGCACGAACGCGAGUAGGGAAGAAAGGAAGAAAAAAAAAAAUAAUAACAAAAAACGGAAAACGAAAAAAUAGUAAAGCUAAUAAUAUUUUCAUGAGUGCGAACAUGGUUUGCUCGUGUUUCGUCCGGCCGCGGUGGAUGCGGGAAAAAUCGUGGAAAUGUGAUAAAUAAAAAUACAACGUCGUUCGCGCAUUUUCGUUUCGUUGCCGUCGUCGGCCGUACAGGUAUCUACCAUAAUAUAAAUAUAUAACACACAUAUAUCAUAAUCCACACAAACGCACACACACACACACAUACACACACACACACACACGAAAACGAGCAAUAUUAAACGUUUGUACUCGUCUCUCUCUCUUUCUCUCUCUCACACACACAUACACACAUACCCACUCAUACACAUUCGUUCGCACGUAUUUCGUUGUAUACAUACACAUAUAUAAAUAUAUAUAUUUAUAUUAUAUUGUGUAUAAAUAAUAUUAUACACAUGUGCGCGUGGGCGAGUGACGAGUCGCAGCAGAGUGCGCGUGUGGGUUAUGGAAGAAAAUGACCGGCGGAACCGAGCGGAUAGUCGUCUGCAGCAGCAGCAAGAAAAUACUGCAGAACUCGGGCAUCACAAGAACGACGACCGCGACGGAGCGACCAUCAUGAGCGUUCCCGACUUCCAAAGCGCCUUAACCGGCAAAUCUUGCAAUGAAGGAUGGCCCACCGAACAAGAGAUAAUGGAACAUCCCGGUUUGAGGAACACUCCGCUGGCCAUGUUGGCGGCUCAGUGCAACAAGUUGCAGAGCAAAUCGCCUCCGCCGCUCGCUGACGCGGCCGUGGGCAAAGGGUUUUAUCCGUGGAAGAAGAGCCCGCAACAGCAGUCCACCGACAUGUCCGGUUCGCCGCUGCAACAGCACCAACAGCAGCAGCAGCAGCAACAGCAACAGCAACAACAGCAACAGUGCCAACAGCAGCAGCGGACGUCGUCGAGCGCGGCCGAGUCGCCCAGGCCCGUGGUCACGUCCACGUCGUCGGCUCCGUCCACGCCGGUGCCGACGGGCGCGGGUUACCCGCCCCCGCCGCCGCCGCAUCACGGCAACAUAUACUUCGGCGGCGGUGGCGGCGGCCAUCAGACGCUGGCCGCGGACAACAACGGCCACCAUCACCAUCACCAGAGCCCACUGCUGGGCAAGGUGGACAACCACAGCGCGCUGUACGGCCGCCAUCCGUACGAGUGGCCGUUCAAUUCGAUGGGCACAGCCGGACACCACGCGCCCGCCAUCAAGACGGAGUCCGUGAAUCCCGCUUGGUGGGACGUGCACGGGAGUGGAUGGUUGGACAUGAGUGGAGGCAUGCACGCACAGAUGGCCAAUUACGCGGCGCAGUCGGACUACUCGUCACUCAGCCACUCGUUGGCCGCGUCCAACACGGCGGCCGCUCACCACCUGUUCUCCAACCAACACUUCUUGCAGGACACGUACAAGUCCAUGUUGCCGGGCGCACAGGGUUCGUUCGGUCUGGGCCAUCACCACCACCAUCACCCGUCCGUCGUCACGUCGUCGUCGUCCUCUUCGUCGGCCACGUCACCGGGUUCGGCGUCAGCGGCCGCCGCAGCCGCAGCCGCCGCGGCCGCCGUGUCGGCGGCGUACAGCGCGGCGCCCCAGACACCGUCGCCGCGCACGCAGCGCCGGUACACGGGACGGGCCACUUGCGACUGUCCCAACUGCCAGGAGGCCGAGCGCCUGGGACCGGCCGGCGGCCACCUCAAGAAGAACGUGCACAGCUGCCACAUACCCGGCUGCGGCAAGGUGUACGGCAAGACGUCCCACCUCAAGGCCCAUCUCCGGUGGCACACGGGCGAACGGCCGUUCGUGUGCAACUGGCUGUUCUGCGGCAAACGGUUCACGCGGUCCGACGAGCUACAGCGGCACUUGCGCACGCAUACCGGCGAGAAGCGGUUCGCGUGUCCCGUGUGCAACAAGCGGUUCAUGCGGUCCGAUCACUUGGCCAAGCACGUCAAGACGCACAACGGCAACGGCGGCAGCAAGAAGGGCAGCAGCGACUCGUGUUCCGAUUCGGAGAACAGUCAGAGCGCGGCCGACGGUACGUCUCCGCACAACCAACAUCAACAGCAGCAACAGCAACAGCAGCAACAGCAACAGCAACAGCAACAGCAGCAGCAGCAACAGCAGCAGCAGCAGCAACAGCAACAGCACCAGCAGCACGUGCAACCGCUGCACAUGGCCGACAUGGUGGACGUCAAACCGCCGUUGCCCCUGGGCGGGCCGGCCGGACUGGUCCGGUGGAGCCCGGUAGUCAGUUCCGUGGGUUCCGUGGUCCCGUUGUCGCCGCCGUCGUCGCACGCCGUUGGCCCGUCGCCGUUCCUGACCGUGCAACAGCAGCACAGCAACAACAACAAGGACCAGAAGAGUUUUUGCAGCUGGACGAACGCCGCCGGCAAAGAGCCAAAGAUGUACCAGGAGAAACUGGAAUGAGCGUCGCCCCCGCCGGUGCAGCUGCCACCGCCGCCGACUGUCGCGUUCGGUGGCGGCGGCGACCGCGGCACCGGCGGUGGUGCUACGCCCGGCCCACA